AUCUCUGAAAGCGCUUAUUAAUCUAAGAAAGUGAUAGAAUUAUUAUGAACUCGUGUAUGAAUUUAGCUCAGAAGGUGCAGCUAACAUGUUCUCCUUUGUCAGCCAAGAUGGACGAGAAAGUCAACAUCGACGUUGAAGGUCUUGAACCAAACCAGAAGGUAUCUCUUCAAGCUAAACUAGUGGGAGAUUCAAAUGACAGAUAUCAUUCACUGGCUCACUACAUAGCAAACCAACAAGAAUUCACAGGCGUCAUUGACUUGAUUGGUUCUCACGGUGGACUUGUGGAAUUCAAAGCCGCUCAACUUGCUUCAAAUGGCUUUGCAGCCCUUGCAUUGGCAUACAUUUUGCAUAGUGACCUCCCUAAUCAAUUAGAAGAUAUUGAGCUUGAAUACUUUAUAGAAGCUGUUGAUUGGYUGAAAAAUCACCCRUCAAUCAUCCCAGGAGGGGURGGRSUAWUGGGGAUAUCUAAGGGAGCUGAAAUUUCUGUAYUACUUGCUUCACACUGUCAAGAUGUCCAGGCAGUAGUUUCCGUAGSUGGAAACUAUGGUCUUUCUAGUUUUCCURUGAUCUUUAGAGAUAAACUUGUUCCGUUCAUUAAAUUUGAUCCAUCAAAGACUGUUGCAUUGGAAAAUAGUGCUUUGAAAUGYAGAGAAUGUUACAUUGAUGACUGGASUGGAAGUGUUGAAGRAAACCCAAAMRYCAUUCCUGUGGAGAAAGCCARUGCAUCRWUUCUCAUUAUUUAUGGMACAGAUGACCAUGCAUUAAACACUGAAUUAUCUGCAACUUAUAYGUACAGCAGAUUAAAGGCAUUURGUAAGGAGGMMCGAUGUACUGUUCUUGGUUACCAUGGUGCUGGUCACAUAAUUGAGCCUCCGUAUACUCCACAUUCCAGUAUGAGUUACCAAAAGAACUWCAAUMUUUACUUUUCUUGGGGUGGAGAAGCCAAASCACACGCUUGUGCUCAAGAACACGCCUGGCAAAGGAUAUUGUCAUUCUUUCRGGAACAUUUGCCUAAAAAUAUGUUUAGCAAGUUAUAAGGUGUGGUAGCKURUUUUUUGUAUACAUGAUAUUUCAAGGGCAACAAUGAGGAUUGUAAAAAGACYKCUCAAUUUGUUGUAGUCUAAGACAAUGGGACGAUGACUAWUCAACACAGUUCUGGUUUGGGGURAACACWAAGCGGUUUGGCAGCAAMAAUUCUUAGGGCUAAAUUUGUGCAUCGUWUAKUAUUAGCAGGAAAMUUUCAUUAAAACAUGCUGUUUCAAAGCUCAAGACAGUACAUGAUACUCUGCUCUCGAUGCCAGAUUUGUACAGAUUGUACAAUACAUGAAGCGAAAAAAUUUUCAGAUUUGUGCGAGUGUGAUAUUUUAUAUAUGAUCUAUUAACCAUUUUUAUUUUGGUAYGUUCUUGUACAAGGGCGGAUCCAGGAUUUUCCUCAGAGAGGGAUGUGGGACUCUCAGGAGGGGGUGUACCCCACAAAUAUCAUUACCAUGAAGAUACAAAAUAAGGAAGGUAUUGAAGGAUAUAGAUCUCAGGGGGGGUGCGCACCCCCUGCACCCACCAGCUGGAUCCGCCCCAGUUGAAAAAGUCCUGAUGUUUUGUAUCUAAAUAAAGUUACUAUACCACAGRGGGAAGUCUGAUCAAGUAUAUUUUCACAGUCCAGUAUUUAUAAAGUCCCGAUUGCACAUUAAUUACUACGCCAUUGGCCCAUUAAAACAAGC